CAUCUCCUAUUUCCUCCCAAUUAGCUACCUACUUUGGAUCUAGCUGUUUUCUUUCAGUACUUAGCUAGCUGCCUUGGUUUUCGUCUGAUGCGCGCGUCUCUCUAGGGCAUGGCCGGUCGCGGAAUCGCGCUAACGAAGCCGGCAUGGAUGAAGGAGCAGGAGGAGAAGGCUAAGGCAGACGCCGCACGAGCAGCAGCCGUCGCGGCCGCCAAGGCCGGCGCAGGAGGCGCAGACGACGAUACCGAUAGCAGCGACGAGGAGGAGGACGAAGCGGCGCGACUCGCGAAGAAGCCGAUCGGGCCGGUCUGCCCCGCCAAGUGCUCCGCCGCAGGAUCGGGCGUGGGCGGCGGAUCUGCGGGCGCGCCAGUGUCGUUCGUUAUAGUCGUCAAGGACGAGGACGGGCGGCGGAUCUUAACGGGCGGAGCGCAGGUGACGGUGCGGGUGACGCCGAAGGCGGGCGUGCCGGGGCAGGAGCAGGUGGCGGCGAUUAAGGACCACGGCGACGGGUCGUACACGGCGAGCUACACCGUGCAGCACCGAGGCGAUUACACGGUCAACGCGCAGGUCAACGGCAGCCCCAUCAUGGGCAGCCCCUUCCCCGUCUUCUUCAGCGCCGCUACAGCCGGUCAACAGCCGUCAGCGCCGGCUGUCGCCGCCGUCAACCCGACGCCGGCGCCGCCGCUGAUGCCUACGCCAACGAUGCCGACCCCGCAGCUGCCGACGCCGCAGAUGCCGGCGCCGGGGCUGCCGAACCCGCUGAUGGCGGCGAUGCAGUUCCGCGGGCUGCUGCCCACGAUGGGCGGCAUGCCCUUCACCAGCCCCUACCCCGGCAUGGCGGGCGGCGUGCUUCCUGGAACCGGAGGGCUGACGAACAUGCCGCUUGCGCCCUCGGCGGCGGCGAUGGCGGCGGCGCAGAGCAUCAUGGCGGUGCAGGCCAUGCAGGCGCAGCAGGCGCAACAAGCGCAUGCUCAUGCGCAGGCGCAGGCGCAAGCGCAGGCGCACGCCCAAGCGCAAGCACAAGCGCAGGCUCAGGCGCAGGCGCAAGCUGCGGCGGCGGCCGCGGCGAUUCAGCAGCAGAAGCUGCUGCAGCAGAAGAGCGAAUACGUGGACGACUACUACUCGGCGAUGGACGAGGACGAGUUGGAGCGGACGAUGCACGUCACCAACGUCAGCACCAUCCUCACGCCCGAGCAGCUCCGCCAGCUCUUCGCCUUCUGCGGCACGGUUACCCGCUGCGAGUUUCGCAACGACAAGAAAACCGUCGCGCACAUCCGCUUCGCGAAAGCUGACGAGGCGAAAGCAGCGCUGGCGCUGAACAACAUGGCGGUGGGCGACAAGCAGCUCAAAGUCGAGCUCGCCAAAACCGCCAAGGCCACGCGCCAGGCGGUCCUCUCCGCGCUCGCUCCGCCCGCGCCCGCACCCGCGCCCGCUGCCCCCGCGCCCGCGCCCGUCGCAGCGCCUGCGACGGCGGCUGCGACGUCGCAGAUGGCGAUGCAGCAGGCCGUGGCGAUGCCGUUCAUGCAGUUCCAACAGGCGCUCGCCAUGCAGCAGGCUCUGGCGCAGCAGGUGCGCAGCUCGGAAGCCAAGACCAAGGCGGAGCUCGCCGCCCGCCGCGCCAAGGAGAUCAGCCGCGCGAUCGCCGCGGGCGGGGCGGGGAAGGAGAAGGAGGGGAAGGAGGGAGACGGGAAGGCGAAGGACGGGAGCGGGUCGGACAGGUCACGCUCGUCGUCGCGCUCGCGCUCGCGAUCCCCCUCCCGCCGCGACCGCCACCGCGGGCGGUCGCGCUCCCGCUCUCCGCGCUACCGCGGACGGUCGCGAUCGCGCGAGCGGGAUCGACGAUUCCGAAGCAGGAGCCGCGAGAGGGGGUAUGGUUGGCGGGACCGCGGGCAUAAUCACUCGUAUAAGUACAGCAGGACGCGGGAUUGGGAGGCGGAGGAUAAGGAGAAGGAGAGGGAGAGAGAGCGGGAGAGGGAGAGGAAGAUCGAGAGGGAUAGGCAGAGGGAGAGAGAGAAGGAGUUGCAGCGGGCGCGCGAGAGGGAACGGGAGAGAGAACGAGAGAGGGAUCGAGCGAGGGAGAGGGAGAGGGAGAAGGAGCGGGAGAGGGAGAGGGCGAGGGAACGGGAAAAGGAGCGGGAGAGAGAGAGAGGGAGAGAGCGCGGAAGAGACAAGGACAGGGAUCGGGAGGAUGACGAUGAGAGGUACGAGGCAAGACGCGGUGGGGGCAGGAUCGAGGAGGAGGAGAGGUACAAGGGCAGGUACGAGUCGGACGAGGAGGAGGAGGAAGAGAGGGUGGAGAAAAAGAGGGGACGUGGGCGGGACGAGCGGGAUUCCGAGGAGGAAAGUGCGGGAGACGAGGGGGAGAGGAGGAGGCAGGCUGCGAGGAAGGGGAGGGGGAAGGGCGCGAGGGAGGAGAGUGAGGAUGAGGAGGAAGAGGAGGAGGAGAGGGAGAAGGGGAGGGGUGGGAGGAGGGAGGCGGAGCGGCGGGAGAAGGAGUUGAGGGAGAAGCUGCUGCGCGAUAAGCUGCAGCGGCAGAGGCGCGAGGCGGAGAGCAGGCGAGGGGCGACGGAGGAGAGCGAGGAGAAAGAGGAGGAGGAGGAGGAGGAGGAGGAGGAGGAGGAGGAGGAGGAGGAGGAGGAGGAGGAGGAGGAGGAAAAGAAGGGGAAGAAGGAAGAGAAGGAAGAGCGGGGCGAGAGGAAGGGAGGUCGGGAGGAGGACGAAGAUAGUGAGCGUUCGGAAAGGGACGACGGGGGUAAGAGGAAGGGGAGAGUGGAGGAGGAGGAAGAAGAGGAGGAGGAAGGGCGCAGUGGGAGCGAAGAGAGGGGAAAGCCCGAGAAAGAGGAGAAAGAAAAUAGCGAGGAGAAGGAGUCGAAAUUGCGGCCCGCAGAAAGUGAGGACAGCGAAAAAGAAAGGAAGCAAGAGGAUGAGGCGAGUGAGGGUGAGGGAGCGAGAACCAAGAAGAUUGAAGUGGAUGAGGAGGUGGGGGAGAAGGAUAAGGAGACGGGGAAGGAUAGUGAUGAGGAGAAGGAGAGCGAGAAGGAAAGGGAUGGGAGCGAAGAUGAGAAGGAAAAGGAGAGGAAGAGGGGGAGCGAUGAGAGUGAUGAAGAGAAGGAAAAGGAGGGGAAGAAAGAGAGGGUUGAGAAUGAGGAGGAAAAGGAAAAGGUGAGGGAGAAGGAGAGGGAUGAGAGUGAAGAGGAGAAGGUGGUUGAGAAUGGGAGCAAGGGAGGGUUGGAGGAAGAGGUGGCAGUGAAGAAGGGAGGAGAGGAAGAGGAGGAGGAGGAUGAAGAUGAGAAGGAGAGGAGGAGCAGGAAGAAGGAGAGCGAGAGGCACAAGGAGAAGAGGAGGAAGCACCGCCGCAGAAAGAACCAUGAUGAGGAUGAGGAGAGUGAGGAGGACGAGGAGGAGAGGCGGCACCGGCACAGCAGGAGGAGCAAGAAGAGCCACAAGCGCAGGCGCAGCCACCGGGACGAGGAUGAGGACGAAGAGGAGGGAGGCAAGAGGUCGUCUGAUGAGGAGGAGAGGGACGAUGGGGGCAGGAAGGGGAGUGGUCGUGGGGGAAAGAGGAAGGACCGAGGGUCUGAUGAGGAUGAGGAGGAGGAUGAGAAGGGUGGGAGGCCGAGCAGGAGGAGGUCGGGGCGAGAUGACUCUGAUGACGAGAAGGGGCGGUCAUCCAGGGAGAAGAAGCGCCACAGCCGCAGCCAUCGCUCCAGGCGUCGCUCCCCUUCCCUCUCGCCCGACCAUGGCAAGGGCAAGGAUGGCCGUGACGAGGAUGAGGGAAAGGAGCGCCGGAGCAGUGGGAAGCAGCGGGGCAGUCGCCGCACGGCAUCCGAUGAUGACUCCCCCUCUCGCAGCACCUGAGUUGACUCAUCUCUGGGACUUGCUCUUCCACGGAGAGCCAUUCUGCUGCAGCCUCACACUGAAGGACCUUCUGGUCUUCGCUCUCCAUUUCGUUCCUGCUGCUGCUGCUCCUGCCGCUGCUACUGCUGCUUCUUCUGCGUCUGCUGCUGCAACAUGUUUUUGAAGACUGUCUGCCAUUGCCUUACUCAGAGCUGCUCUCUGGGUGGCAUUUGGGGGGAGGGGCUUGAAAAUGGGCUGGUUUGGAUUGGAAUGGCAGGCCCUUCUCACUUAAAGCCCCUGGAGCUGUACUGGAAGGAUAUGUGUGGUAUGGCAUGUGGGUGCUUGUCAUAGCAUGAGGCACUUCAUGAAUGGAUGCGCAUCAAUAUGCAUGAUUGUUCAUGAGUGUGCAUUUCAUGCCUGUGCAUGUGUGCUUCUGCUGUGUGCCUGGGAUGUGCAUGAUCUUUGGGGAAGUGUCAGCCAAUGCAGGCCAUAUCUUGACCUUCAGAUCAACACAGCCAGACACCUCUGAUGUGGGGGCUUCUCAUCUCCAUCAUUGGACCAUGCACCAGCCAGGCAUCAGCAAGCCAGUAAACGCACAAGGCAAGGCAGCUCAUGCCAUCUUGUCCUUUGUCUUCUGUGGCUGGAGAGCUAUGGUCGACUUGUCCGUCCUUGCGCAUUUCACUGCCUGCUGGAUCCUCUGAUGAUUGCUUGGGAUGCCACCACAUGUAGUGCUGGGAUGGACCAUCUCCUCCUGCCUGCCCUGGUUGUUUUGUGUCUUGUGCUGCUGGCCUGGCGUGUGUUUGAAUCCUGCAUGGGAAUGUGGUAUGGCAGAUUGAUUGAGGUAUGUGUUGAUGGAGUGGGAAAGGAGAACAGAUGGCCCGAGUCCUGCACUGGGAGCAGGUCAUGUGUCUCCGCAUCCCUUGCUCCUUCAGCUGCGUGUUUGAGAUAUUGGUAGCUCCGUUCUGCUGCUGUUGUCCAAUUUUAUGAACUGAUGAUGACGUAUAAUCAUUCCUGCUUUUACA